AUGAGGGAAUAUAAAGUCGCAUGGAUCAAAACAUGGUAUGAUGAGAAAGCAAAUGGGAAGAGAACAAGGGCUCCAACAGACAAAAUAAAAGAAAUUAAGGAACAUGAUGAAGAGUUUAUCCCAAAUAAGAAGAAAAUCACUGAGGAUACAAGAGAGAAGAAACAGGAGCUAAGUCCCAAGGGAAAAGAAAAUACCAAGUCACAAAACUCCUCCCUUGAGAAAACACUCUACUACCAACAUCCUUUCAUUGGUAGUGAAAAACCAAGGGAGAAUGACCAGGAUAUUUCACCCCCUGGAAUAUCUGAAGGGGUUAUACCCUUAAGUGGUGUGGAGAAAAUGAAAAAAAAAGUGAACCAAGAACUGAACAAUGCCAUCACAGAGCAAGUCUCAUUGCAGGACAAAAAUUUAAAAAGGAACAGAGGAAAGAAAAAUAUGAGAAUGCUAAGGAGAGCUCAGUGCACGAUACAAGAUAAGCUAAUAAUGGACAGGAGACAUUAUUCGUGUGUUUUGUGUCGAGGAAGACCACCUCCACAAGAACGUCGUCCAGUACAGUCGGGAUAUAUAAACAUUCUGUCAAAAAAAUUUGCAGUUGGUGCAACAGAAUCAGACGUACUGUGCAACAAGUGCCGUCAUAAAUGCCGAAACAUUUCUCGAAAAAGGGAGGUUUGUACAAUUCCUGUACGUGAUAAGGAUGAGGCUAAUGAUCCAUCUUUUACAUCUCCCAAACGCACUAAAUUGACAGAAAUAUCAAGUCCGCCAUCUGUUGCAUUACCUUUCUCAUCUUCAACAAAAAGUCAUGGAUAUUGUUUUGUGUGCAAAAAGCCAGGACCUAAACUUAUUUCGCUUUCAAAUCAAGCUCGCCUGCAUGUACUUAUCAUAGGAGAAAUCAUAAUUCCGUCAGGAGCAAGGUGUUGUACAGGUCACUUAAUAAAUGGAAACCUUUCGGAGAAAGCUAUAGAAAAUAUUAAAACCAGUGAGGGUGUAAUGUUGAAUAGAACCGCAGUAUAUAACAUCAUUCAAGACUUACGGGAAAUAGCUUUUCGCAAUUCCAGGCUCGAUUUUGAUGAUGAGGGCAACAUGGAUGAUGACGACUACAAGAUUCUAACUGGACUUACUCGUCGUGAAUUCGAAGAUGUUGUGUCAACGGUGACCAGUAUCAACUCAACAAAAAUAAGACGAGCUAUUAAAUCAGGAAGAAAAGCACUGAUGACAGAUUUUGUACCACAAAAUCGGGGUUUUCAGCACAUCACGCGGGAGGCAGUGAUUGAGAACCACACCCGCCAACUUGCUAGAGAUCUUUUCACGAACAGUGCUACGGCAGAUCCGGCAAUAUUAGUUCUAGAUGGAACUUACGUGUAUAUCCAGAAAAGUUCUAACUUCGCCUUUGCCAGAAGAUCUUACAGCAUGCGCAAACAUAGGCCCCUCGUUAAACCCAUGAUGGUUGUAACUACUACGGGUUACAUAAUUUCCGUUCUUGGACCCUAUCUAGCGGAUUCAAAAAAUAACGAUGCUAGCAUUCUAAAACACAUGAUUCUACACAACACUGAAGAAAUGAAAUCCUGGUUAAAAGAAGAUGACGUGUUUGUUGUGGAUAGGGGAUUCAGGGACACUGGAGAUGUGUUGGAAGAUCUUGGUAUCCAAAUGGAAAUGCCGUCAUUCAUACAGAGGGGAGAUAAACAACUGAGAACCCAUAAUUCAAAUAUUUCUAGAGUGGUUACAAAGGUAAGAUGGGUUGUGGAAGCUGCUAAUGCUCGACUGAAACAAUGGAAAUACCUGGAGAAGACCCUACCUAACACCCAGAUACCAUUCAUCGGGGAUUAUAUCAGAAUUGUAUCAGCCAUUUGUAAUAGGUAUCGGCCACCACUGUGCACUACCACAUCCGAUGAUCAGUCAAUUGCUGCAAAAAUGCUUCAUCUCUCCCGAAAAGAAAAUGCACUACAGAAACGUGUGGAGGAAGAGGGUUUGGACAAGAGGCCAGUUCGUUGGGUAAAGGUUGACGCCGAACAGUGUGCGCCAGAUUUCCCAAAAUAUGACGAAAAUGGUAUAAGAGAGCUAACUUUGGGGGUAUACCAACUUCGUAUGGCUCGAUCAUAUACACACGAACACACGGACAUCGAAGGUAAAUACGAGAUUUUAGUAAGCGAUGAUAUACAGGGAAUACUAUCCGCUAAAAUCCAGAGUAGACAUAUAUCGGCUAGAAAUUAUCAGUGCUGGAUAAGUUAUAAUGAUGGUGUGAUUGAUGGUUGGUUUUGUAAGUGUAAGGCGGGGAGCAGAGUAGUCGGAAUGUGUGGCCACAUCACCAGUGUCGUGUGGUUUCUUGCGCACGCGAGACAUGAAGUCGAUUCUGUGAAAGGUGUCAGGAAUUGGAGCACCUCUGUUAAUGAUGCAUCAGAUCUACCCGAAAUUAUCGAUGAAUCAGACAGUGAUGAGGACAGUGAUGUUGAAGAGUGA